AUGCCGGUGCGGGAUAAUCAACCUGACAACCGUCAAGGCUCGGGGAGCUCUGGCAACAGUUGGAUUUCGCAGGAUACCGUACGGAAUCCCGGCCAGUCUCAAGACGAAUCGAAUGCCCUGCCCGGGGGUCGCAACGUCGCCCCAUUUCCCGGAUCAUUAAACAUGGAUCAAAAAGCCGGAUCCCUCGAAGCCCCCAAGAAUCGAUUGGGGAAACUCCGCGUGGUCAUGGGAUUCGCCCAAUGUCUCCCCCCCGAACAGCGCAAAGCCUCCGGAUUUAGCAACCACCGUGAAGCACUAAUUAUUCCAAAUAACAGAGAUAGCCCGCCUCAGUCCUCCGCUUCUAAUCCCCGACCUGCGCCUCUUUAUCCGACCCGUUUAAACCCCGAAGAGAUCGAAUCGAUUGCCCCAUGGUCCACACCGCUGAGCAGUGGACAUCAAGAAGGUGGCGGCACGUUUUAUCACGAUUAUUCCGAACACGAAGCUUCUCCUGCGUCACUCUCAUUCCGCCCCACAACGGGACGGACAAUAGCGAGUGAACCCGCCGAGUAUGAAUAUCACGGGGAACACCGGCGCCCAUCCGCUGCCAGCGCAACAACCGUGAGCAGCCAGGGAUCAAGAUCUAGCAUUAGCCAGAAGUUCCGAAAGAAGCACCUGAAGGGUCUGCUUGGAGAUGACUACAAUGCGCCCGGGGAGCUGCAAAACGAUGAUGAUGGAUCUCAGCAGUCGUCAAAUAGGCGCGGAGGGCCAGUUGAUCAACUGAAAGCGCGAGAGAGAGCAAACUCGGAUGGCUCACGCAACACCCCCGAUGGCUCUGGGUCACCACACCGUUUACAAAGGCCACGAGGGGUACCAAACCCUGUAAUGUCGUCAAAGGACAUCACCCCUUGGGAUUACCAAAAUUACAACGAUGUUUCACAGUUUGGAGCAGCACCGAUACAUCCCACGCCCAUUGGUCCCAAUGGGCAACGUCUUGCAACACCAGAACACGGCGGGACAGGACCAAGGGAUCCCGUGCGACGGGGACCUGCCAGGCAUCGCUCUUCAAGAAGCAAAGAGGAAAAACCGACUCUUGCUGGUGAUCUAGCGGGUUAUCAAGCUCGACCAGCCACCGGUAGAGAUGACGGUGGGCUGCGGCCGUUCAACGAGAAUUACCUCCAUUCAACAACCGACAUGAGCGACUCUACUGGGGCCGGAGGCCGGUCAUCUAGCCCUACCCCAAGUACCCGCAGUGCAUACCGGGAUCCCGAUCAAAGCUCACAACACACCAAAUUCGGCUUCAUCAAAAAGUUAAUCGGGCACGGAACCAAGUCGCAUGACCGAUCAAGGAAUUCUUCUCCGCCACGCCGUGAUCGGCAAGAAAGGAUGGAAAGGGCAUUGGAAAAAGGGCUCGGUCCGCGUCGUGGGUUCACCAAUCAAGGUGGGGACCUAUAUAACCCCAACAAAGAUGACAAGUCUCAUGAGGAGAACAAGCACUUCUUCCCUCUUGACGUCAACAUGAAAGAUAUCCAUGAUUUCGUGCGACCUUCUUCCCCGGGGCACGCGCAGCGCAUCAAGGACGGAACUGUCACACCGGGUGACGAUUCCAAAAUCGAGAAGCCAUGGAACGCUCCUGACAGUUGGGCAGUUAGGGGACCCAAUGACCCUAAGUUGGAUGAGGAACCGGUCCCUACCGGUCCACGUGAACGUGAAGCCUCCUUCUUCAUACGUAUCUUCCGCAUUGAUUCCACCUUUGCUACGCUCUCGGCUGGUGUGAAUGCGACAGUCUCCGAGAUUCUGCAAAUGCUUGGUAAAAAGUCGUUUUUGCAAGAUCAUCUCAACAACUACGAGAUCGUCCUUCGUAAGAAUGACCUUUCACGGCAACUCGAUCACAAUGAGAAGCCAAUCCAAAUGCAAAAGAAGCUACUUGAACAAGUGGGCUACGCGCCGAACGACAGGAUCGAAGACAUUGGCCGUGAGGAUCACAGUUAUUUGUGUCGCUUCAUCUUUUUACCGACUAAGCUCAGUGGUUAUAGCAGCCUUGAGACCGACCCUGGUUUCAACAAGGUGCAGAAAUUCAGCCACGUGGAUCUUCAAGGUCGCAGCCUUGUCACGAUUCCGAUCACGCUGUACGCGAAGUCAUCGGAAAUUAUCUCACUGAAUUUGUCGAGGAACUUGUCAUUGGAUGUUCCCAAGGACUUCAUCCAAAGCUGCAUCAAUUUGCGGGAAAUCAAAUUCAUUGGGAAUGAGGCCUCAUUCCUCCCCCUAAGCUUCAGUCUAGCUUCUCGGUUGACAUAUCUGGAUAUUUCCAACAACUGCCUCGAGGACUUGGAUCAUGCUCAACUCGAUCGGUUGACAGGCCUUGUCAGCAUCAAGAUGGCUAACAACCAGUUGACUAAGUUGCCCAGCUACUUUGGCAACUUCGCCUCCCUACGAAGUCUCAACAUGUCGUCAAAUGGGUUCAAGGUUUUCCCUGAGUUUAUUUGCAACUUGAAAAGUCUAGUUGAUCUAGAUAUCAGUUUCAACGGCAUCGAGGAACUCCCCGGCAUCGGCCGCAUGGUCACCCUUGAGCGUCUUUGGAUGACGAACAACAACGUUAGCGGAGCGCUAGAUGAAUCAUUCCGUGAAUUGGUGAAUCUCAAAGAGUUCGACGCACGUUUCAACUCUAUCACCAAUAUCGAUACUCUCUCUAGCCUUCCACGGCUGGAACAGAUUUACCUCGGUCACAAUUUCAUCUCACGAUUCAAGGGCUCCUUCCCGAAGUUACGAAGUUUACAUUUGGACCAUUGUCCUCUGACGCAGUUUGAUGUUGAUGCCCCCAUGCCAACAUUGAGUUCUCUCAACCUUGCUUCGGGCAAACUUUCUCAGUUCCGGGACACCAUUUUCGAGAAUUGCCCGAACGUGACAAAGCUUGUUCUCGACAAAAACCACCUCUCUUCGGUCUCGCCCCAGAUUGGCAAGCUGCGUCGAUUGGAGCACUUCAGCAUGAUCAAGAACCCAUUAUCAUCAUUACCUCCGACCAUUGGCUGCCUUGUGGAGCUCAAGCAUCUCAAUCUGCGAGAGUGCAACCUAACCUCGCUUCCAUCUGAGAUAUGGCAUUGUGCCAAACUUGAAAUCCUCAACAUUUCCUCAAAUAUCCUAUCAUCCUUCCCCAAAUACGGUGCUCCUGUUCCACUGGUUCCUGGUGAGCCUACCCACACGCCUGCCACUACGCCGGGCGUGACAGGAAACCCAAGUUACGAAGACAUCGGCCCACUGGAUGAGCCGGCUCUCCGUCGACCCAGUCAGACCUCAAAUGGGGUCAACAACUCUGUUUCGCCAAAUGGGUCUUACCGCAACCCUUCGAACGCUCAAUCCGUUUCUCAGCAAGGUGGUAGAAAGGUGUCGGCCACGGGUCGAUCGUUCACCGAUCCAAAUGCGGUGAUUCAGCUUCGCAUUGUCAAUCUCUCUUACAAUGACCUGACGGAGCUACCACAAGGAAUCCUCAAGAGAUGGCCUUUGAUCUCUGAAUUGUACCUCUCUGGCAAUGAACUGACUUCUUUGCCGUCUGAUGAUCUGGAAGAGGGGAGCAACCUCAAGAUUCUUCACAUCAAUGCAAACCGAUUCCAGGUGCUGCCUGCAGAACUUUGCAAGGUCAGCAAGCUCUCUAUUCUGGAUGUGGGAAGCAAUCACCUGAAGUACAACGUAUCCAACUGGCCAUACGAUUGGAACUGGAAUUGGAACCGCAAUCUCAAGUUCCUCAACUUCUCCGGCAACAAACGUCUGGAGAUCAAGCCUAAUAUUGCGUCUCUGGGUCCCCCAGCCGCUAACGGUGCGGAUCUGACCGAUUUCAACUCUCUGACCCACCUCCGAGUGUUGGGAUUGAUGGAUGUCACCCUCACUAUCCCUAUCAUUCCUGAAGAAACCGAAGAUCGCCGUGUCAGAACUUCUGCCUCCCUGGCCGGUACCCUUGCCUACGGAAUGGCCGACACCCUUGGAAAGAGUGAGCAUCUUUCAAUCAUCGAUAUGAUUGUUCCACGGUUGAAGCAAGACAAUGUGGAAACGUUGGUUGGCAUGUUUGAUGGUCAGACGCUCGGAACUGGAGGAUCUAGGGUUGCAAAGUAUUUGCACGAAAAUUUCACUCCCACCUUCUCCUUUGAGCUUAAGAAGCUUCAUCGCGAUCAGGGUGAAACCCCGCUUGAUGCACUCAGACGGGCGUUCCUAGCUUUGAACAAGAACAUGGCCGGCUCUGCUUACAGAUCAAUCGAUGACCGUGAAGUUCGACAAUACCACAGAGGUUCAAACGCCGCCAAGCUUCUCAACCAGGAUGACAUCCUGUCCGGAGGUGUGGCUACCGUUUUAUACCUGAACAACAUGGACUUGUACGCCGCCAACGUCGGAGACGCGCAAGCUAUCCUCAUCAGAUCCGAUGGUUCGAUGCGCACUCUGACGCAAAACCAUGACCCCGCGGAACCCAACGAGCGCGCCCGCAUUCGAGCUGCCGGAGGUUUCGUGUCUCGUAAUGGCCGACUGAAUGAUACGCUUCAGGUAUCAAGAUGCUUCGGUCAUUUCCCAAUGAUGCCUGCUGUCAUUGCGGCCCCUUACACCAUGCAUGUCGCUCUCACGGAGCAAGAUGAGAUGAUUGUCUUGGCAUCAAAGGAGCUUUGGGACUUUGUUACUCCCGAGGUUGUGGUUGAUAUCACAAGAAGAGAGCAAACGGACUUGAUGUUCGCAGCUCAGAAGUUGCGUGAUUUGGCCAUCUCGUUCGGUGCCACCAACAAACUGAUGGUGAUGAUUCUCGGCAUUGGUGAACUUCAGAAACGUCGUCCCAAACCACGUCCUUCUCUCAACACUGGAUCUUCUACCUUUGCCGAGGAGCAGAUUAUUCCAACCGCCAAGCGCCCCAAGAAGCGUGAUGGACCUGGAGAUUCGCGGCUGGCCCGCUUUGACUUCGUGGAUGCCCCGGUUGGUGAACUCGCCAUCAUGUUUACGGAUAUCAAGAAGUCAACUAGUCUCUGGGAGAUCUGCCCCGACGCGAUGCGCUCUGCUAUUCAAAUCCACAACGACAUCCUGCGUCGUCAACUUGGAAUCUUUGGUGGCUACGAAGUCAAGACUGAAGGUGAUGCUUUUAUGGUGGCUUUCUCCACGACCACUGCUGCUCUACUUUGGUGCUUCAACUGCCAAAAUCAGCUUCUGGAGGCGGAGUGGCCUACAGAAAUCCUUGACCAGCCUCAGUGUCGAACUGUGGUUGACAUGGACAACAACGUCAUUUUCCGUGGUCUUUCUGUUCGCAUGGGUGGCCAUUGGGGUGAGCCUGUCUGCGAAAAAGACCCAGUCACCAACCGAAUGGACUAUUUCGGUCCCAUGGUAAAUCGAGCAUCGCGUAUUUCUGCAGUUGCCGAUGGAGGGCAGAUUUUCGUUUCGUCUGACUUUAUGACCGAUAUCCAUCGUAAUCUUGAGACCUUUGCAGACGCUGAGCGCUCCGCGUCAACAAGCUCCACCGACAGCCAUCCCCGCGGUGAAAGUCUUGGUCACAACAUCCGCCGUGAGCUGCAACAACUCAACAGUCAAGGCUUUGUUAUCAAGGAUCAAGGCGAGCGAAAACUGAAGGGUUUGGAGAACCCCGAGCCUCUCUACCUUGUUUACCCCUCCGCUCUCUCUGGUCGCAUGACAUCUUCGGAUGAAACCCACGACGCAGAUAGCAACACCGCGACCAUGAAUCCAAACAACCAGCUUGAUAUCCAGACAAACGUCAUUUGGCGUCUCUGGGAGGUCACACUUCGUCUGGAGCGACUCUGCGGUGCUCUGGAGAAUCCCAACGAGCCAAGUCUCAGCGAGCCCAAUGUCACUCUCUUCAACAUGAUCAAGAGACAUGGUGGGGAGCUGAAUGACUCCACUGUCCUAAGCCUUGUCGAUCAGCAAGUCACUCGCAUUGAGGUAACGAUCAACACGCUUUCCAUUCGCCACAUGAUGCGACCCUUCAGGCCAGGCGACAGCCUGAAAGACCACGCCACUCCUAUCAAAGACGUUCUCCAGCAGCUAUCCACCCAGCUUGCCGAAUUCCAAGCCCUCAAGGCACAACUCGCCGGCGCUUCUUCCCACAAUUACGGCGGCUCUUUACCUCACUAUGGUAAUGAUACCUCGGAAACCAUCGAUAGCGGCAUCACCUCUGCGGCCUCAUCCUUCCUCCACCUGCCCGGCGAUGCUAAUCGCUCCUUCGACUCCGGCCGCGGCCAUCAUUGA